AUGUCUAGCCACACCACAGCCCCCAUCCUUGACCACAUCGUCAUUCUCGUAUCCCACAAGACCCUCUUGGGAAUCUCUGAAUACACCAAUGGCCAAUUUACCCUAGCACAAGGCGGAACACACGCCGACGGCCUUACAACGAACAAGUUGAUCCUCUUCCCAGACGGCGUUUACCUCGAACUAAUCGCCUUCUUCGAUGACAUCGACCCUGAAAAGCGCCACCAGCAUCGUUGGGGUAACGAAAAAGAAGGCACGAUAAUCGACUGGGCAUUCACAUUACCUUCCGAGAGCGACUUCAGCACAAUCCAAGACCGGGUCCAAGACGCUGCCGCUGGCGUAUCCUAUACAAACCCCAUUUCUGGCGGUCGCACAAAGCCAGAUGGUACCGUCUUGAAAUGGGCAAUUGGUGCGCCUGUUGAUGACCAAGGUAACCUGGUGGACCCUGGACUGCUGCCGUUCUGGUGUCUUGAUAGAACACCUCGAGCGGAUCGUGUUCCCUAUGAGACGGAGGCGCAUCUUACUCGACAUCCUAAUGGUGUACGGGGUGUUUCAUCUGUUUUGAUUCAAGCCCCUGAAGAUGCAGAUAUGAAGCUGGAAGAAGCAUAUGAUGCGAUAUUUGGAGGUGUGUGGAAAUAUGAGGUUCCUUCUGGUUCGACCUUUGGGAGAAAUGUGGUUUCUUUGUCUAGGGACAAUGUUGGUAUUCAGGUGGUAUUCCAUGGAUCCAAGAGUGGAUACGUGGAGCUCUUGCCUGGACUUGUGUUUGAUAUUGCGGAAUCUGCAAAGUGA